AUGCAACUCACCACACUUAUUUCCGCCACGCUCGUCGCCUGCUCUGGCUUCGCAGCCGCGGCCCCCAACGCCAUCCCCACGACCGACCUCGUGAUGCCAACCGCAGUGUCCGAGCUUCCCACCACCGACUACCAGGGCAUCUCGUCCGAGGUUGGGCAGGAGGAGACACACGAGGUCGAGAAGCGCGGCGGCGGCAGCAACUGGGUGCGGCACGUCAAGUUCUGCGAGCACAACAACGGCGGGGGCGUGUGCAACGUCAAGGACUUCAAGCCGUCGACGGGCUGCUACAACCUCUGGGGCUGGUUGAACGACAAGGUCAGCUCCAUUUACCUAGCGCCCGGCACCAUGUGCAUUCUCUACGCCGACACCAACUGCAAGGGCCACUGGCUGAAGGCCUUCGACCCCGGCUACAAGAACCUGAAGCUGUCGGGCGAAAUGAAUGACAGGAUCAGCUCCAUGACCUGCUACGCUAGGUAG